CUCAGUACCACCGGAGGUUCGGGAAGAUUUUCCGCAUGAAGCUGGGCGCUUUCGACUCGGUGCACAUCGCCGCGCCCUGCCUGCUGGAGGCUCUGUACCGCCGCGAGAGCGCCUGCCCCCAGCGCCUGGAGAUCAAGCCCUGGAAAGCCUAUCGCGACUAUCGCGACGAGGGCUACGGGCUGCUCAUCCUGGAGGGAAAGGACUGGCAGAGGGUAAGAAGCGCCUUUCAGAAGAAAUUAAUGAAGCCCGGGGAAGUUGUGAAACUGGAUACGACCGUCAAUGAGGUCCUGGAGGACUUUAUGCACAGAAUAGAUGAAAUUUGUGACCACAAUGGACAAAUGGAAGAUGUCUAUUCAGAAUUCAACAAAUGGUCUUUUGAAAGUAUCUGCCUGGUGCUGUAUGGGAAGAGGUUUGGCCUCCUGCAGCAGGAUGUAGAAGAAGAAAGUCUGAACUUCAUCAAGGCUGUAAAAACGAUGAUGGCCACUUUCGGGAUGAUGAUGGUGACCCCUGUGGAGCUGCACAAGGGGCUCAACACCAAAGUCUGGCAAGCUCACACCAAAGCAUGGGAUGAUAUAUUUAAAACAGCCAAGCACUCCAUCGACUGCCGGCUGCAGAAGCACUCGGCCAACCCCCAGGAGGAUUUUCUGUGUGACAUCUACUCGGGGGGACAGCUGUCCAGGAAGGAGCUGUACGCUGCCAUCGCGGAGCUGCAGAUCGCUGGAGUGGAGACGACAGCCAACAGUUUGCUGUGGGCUCUGUACAACCUUUCCCGCAAUCCACACGUCCAGCAGAAGCUUUUCCAGGAAAUCCAGAGAGUUUUGGAUGCUCAGAAGAGUCCAAAUGCUGAGAGCCUGAGGAAUAUGCCUUACCUAAAAGCCUGUCUGAAAGAAUCCAUGAGGUUAAGUCCAUCAGUGCCUUUCACCACUCGCACCAUCGACACAGAAAUGGUUCUGGGAAAUUAUGUCCUGCCCAAAGGGACGGUGCUGAUGAUCAACAGCCAUGCCCUGGGCUGCAGUGAGGAGUAUUUCAGGGGCUGGGCUGAGUUCAGGCCCGAGCGCUGGCUCCAGAGGGGCUCCAUCCAUCCCUUCUCGCACGUCCCCUUCGGCAUGGGGAAGAGGAUGUGCGUGGGGCGCCGCGUGGCGGAGCUGCAGCUGCACCUGGCCCUCUGCUGGCUGAUCCGUAAAUACCGGAUUGUGGCCACGGACCAGGAGCCGGUGGAGACGCUGCACUCGGGAAUCCUCAUCCCCAGCCGGGCGCUGCCCAUCGCCUUCCAGCCACGAGCAGGUUGCAAAAAAUAAAGGACAUCUCUGCUGCUGCCUGCUCCUAAAAGGGAGACAGUGGGAAAAGCUCUGGAGGCUCCAGCAGCCAGGGAAGAACGGCACCACAUCCCCUGAACAACUGCUGAGCCUGGAAUAGCAGCAGGAAAAGCUCCCAGACUCUUUUAUUGAGAAAAUGUGCUCAAAAGGAGAGAAAAAUACCAAGUGCUUUCAUAGAGCUGUGGCAAUCCAGGGAUUUAGUGCAGGAUGAGCCCUGGGGGUUGUUGGACAGCCCAGUUUAGGGAGAGCUGCCUCCAGCUGGGGACCAGUCCCGGCUGGAAUGGCCCUGGGAGCUCAGAGUGGGAGAGCUUGAGGGAGGGGAAAUGGCCUCAGACUUCCCAAAUUAGCAGUGCCAGGAGAAGGGAGUUUGGAGUCUGGAAAAAGGCUAAAAACAGGGUUGGAAAACUGGGCUAAUUAAAGAAAUAAUUUCCUUGGCAUUCUUCACUGCCUGGAUAGGAGGGAAAUUGGGACAAAUGCACCUGACAGGAUUGAGUGCCUUGCUCUGACAGUUCCAAGCUUGUGCCUGACACACCCUCUGUUCUUCCCCAUGGAUUUCCCUCCCUCCAGCUCCUGCACAGCCCAUUCUAUCCCACUUUUAUUGUAAAAACUUAGUGGCCUUUCACUGCAUGAAAAGGCCUGAUCCAGAAAUGGAGCCACUGGAAUCCUAUGGGUUCUGCCUCUGCGGAAUGAAGAUUAUCCUAACAGGAUAGUGACACGAGAUUAAUAACAUAAAAUUGUGUUUCCAAGAACAAUUCCACAGGAAAUGAGGACCCUAAACAUUUCCAAGGGGUCUGUUCCUCGUGGAGACUGCAAUAUCCAAAGGUUCGAAUUGCCCUGCAUGCAAUACUGGAUUUUGGCUGUUAUGGUCACUGCUUUUACACUUUUGCAGUUUCAAGUACAGCUUUAUCUCUAUAUAUAAUCCUGAAUUUAUAUUUUUUUUUACAUGCUGAAAUGAUGCAAGUUCUUAGUAUUUGUUGGUCUCUUGUUUUUCAUUUGUUCUCCUGUGUUACGCUCAGACAUGUAAAUGCAUCCCUGUAACAAUGUAUAAAACAGUUUUUGCAUUAUCUGAAUAUUUCUAGGCAGUUUUGUAAGAAAAUAAAGAGUUCUAUUUUUUUUCUCUAUAA